AUGGCUGAGAAUGUCGAGCAGAGGCAGAAAUCACCGUCAGAAGCCGAUCUGGCACCCAUAGAAUACGAUCCUCAAGUUGUUGGUAGCAUGGAAGAUGACAAUUCGACUAUCAGCAGUGGCAGCAGUCUUCGAGAUUCGACAGCAUCCAUCACAUCGAGCAUCCUCGAAUAUAGACACAUCAACGGCCGGCCCUUCCAACAGUCGAAAACAACAGAAUACUGGGCGCCUACGGACGAUGACUAUCAAGAGGGACAGGAUAUACUGCAUCACUACACACUGCUGCUAUUCGACGAUAAGCUUCACCUAGCUCCCAUCGACAAGAAUCCUCAGAAAAUCCUCGACAUUGGUACCGGGACUGGAAUAUGGGCCAUUGACAUGGCCGACGAGUAUCCGUCUGCAGAAGUAGUUGGGACAGACAUUUCAGCCGUUCAGCCUGCAUUCGUGCCUCCAAACUGCAGCUUUCAAAUCGACGAUGCCCAACUCGACUGGACGUUCAAACCGGAUGAGUUUGACUUCAUUCAUAUCCGGUAUCUUUACGGUGCAAUCGACGACUGGAAGAAACUAUACCGUCAAGCAUUUACCCACGUGCGGCCAGGAGGUUGGCUCGAGAGUCUUGAGAUCGACAUCGAAACACACAGCGAGAACCCCAAGAUCGAGAAGGACGAAGGCCACAUUUUCAAGAAAUGGUGCAAGCUAUUCUUUGAGUGCGGCCGUAAAACUGGUCGAACCUGGGAGAUUGCGCGGGAUGGUCGUCAAGAGGAGUAUAUGCGAGAAGCAGGAUUUACAGAUCUAUUUUCCAAAUCGUGGAAGCUGCCUGUUGGAGGUUGGCCUCAAGACAAGAAGCUGAAGCAGGUUGGUCUCUACAAUGGAGCCUUUAUUGACCACUCCAUCGAUGCUUUUGCAAUAUUCCCGAUCGGAGAGAUCCUAGGUUGGUCCAAGGAGGAGGUUACGGUUCUGGUCAGCCAGAUGCGAAAGGCGCUCAAGGAGCCAAGAGCAUUGCCCUAUUUCAAUGUGUGA